AAAAAAAAAAAAUGGUUUUCUUUCUAAAACUAAAACAACCAACUCAGAUGAACAUUACAUUCCACGUCCACAUCCAGCGUUUUGCUGUUUUUCUUCCAGCGCCCUUUCAGUAACAGAUACACGCGGCGAGGCGCGCGCUCUCACAAGCUCGCGCACCCACAGAUCCAUCACGGCCUUGUUUGUUUCGCGCAGCUUCUGCUGGAGGCUCACCUCUACUCUCACCAGUCACGCUCCUCCUCCAGCAGCCGUCCUCAUGGCAACGCACGCACUGAGGAGAGAGCAGCUUAGCAACGCAGAGACGGAAAGCAUCCCCGCAGGUCGAGACAGCGCGGUGCCAUCGAUACCACACUCAAGAAGGAGGAACGAAAGACAGGACGCAGCAGCGCUUCUGGAUUCAGCUGAAGUCGACGUAAGCGUCGUGUUUUCUCCUGAUAAAAAAAAACGACACCUCUUGUUUUUGUUAGCACUUACUGGAUUUGUCGUGAUUGUAAGGCUCUUUACGUGUAGCGCGUGUCCUCACUGCUGGUUGCGGUGCGGAGUGAUGCUGCAUGUUUGUGAAGCGGAUUGAUGGGAUUUGUUUUCCUCGGCUUUCACAGGCGUGAUGAAGUUCGUGGUGGUGCUGGUGGGAGCGGGCUCUCUCGCCUUCCUCGGCGCGGUCAUCUGCAUCAUCGCCAGCGUUUAUCCCCGAAAGCGCGGCGUGACCGCCGGCGAUAACGGCACCAUGACCUCGGAGGCGCUGAUCCAGCCUCUGGAGUCCGGGUCUGUGGCUCACGCCGGGCCGCUGGGAGCUCUGCACGGCCCGGGGUCUUACGAAGUGGACAACGGGCUGGGCGGCAUCGACCUGGAGGUCCCCACGCUGAACGAGAUGAAUCUGGGGAAGGAGACGGCAGGCGGGUCGGCAAAGCAGUACAGCUUCAGUCGGCUGAUUUGUACUCCUCUACCUGUUGGGGAGUGUAAAACCAAAGAUCUGAGGCAGAAACGGGAGCAGAAGCAGCAGCAGGCGGAUGAGCCUCGGUACGGGAACGGGGGAGACGAAGACCUCCGGACGACGGCGGAGAACCUCCGACAGAUGGUCUUACAGCAGAACGACCAAAUCCUCAUGGACCAGCGGACCAUCAGAGAGCUGACGGGAAAGCUGAGUGAGUGUGAGAGUGGCCUGGAGGACGAGAGGACCACGCCGGCGCGGAGCGUCGGGGUGUGGAACGGGAACCGCCGCGUCAUGGCCGGGGACGAUGUGAGCUCUACCUCGGCGGCGCAGCUGCAGACGGCCCGGGCGGUGGAGGAGCUGGCCAGGGCCAUUAUGGAUCUGAAGGACCGGAUUGAAAAACUAGAGGCGGAGAUCGGUCCCGGAGCCCUGAACCUCACAGAUUCAUCGGUCGUCGGUAGCAGCAGCAGCGGUAGCAACGGCAACACCCAGACCGGGGACACUGGUAGGACUCCGUCUUCGUCGGCCGGCGGUUCUCCGUCCCCAGCAGCGGGAGCUGGCCCGGGAAGCCGUCGUCCUGCUCCCCCGCACUCCCACGGCCCCAGGCCGACCUCUUCCAAAGGUUCCCCCGGCCGGGGAAAGAGCGUCUGGAGGGUGGAGGACCUCGAAGGGGAACUGGAGAGGAAGAUAAAACUGCUGAAGAAGGAGCGCCAGGGCAUGAGGAAGGAGACGCAAGAUCAGCACGAGAAGAUCGACAAGGGCAUCGACUCGGUCAACCAUCGCAUCAUGGAGCUGGAGCACACACUGACAGAGCCUUCGUUUCCCGACGGGUUCGUCCUCUCCUUCCCCAUGCGGACCAGCUACAUGCACGGCCUGGUGAGGAAAGAGAUAACCGAGAUGUACGCCUUCACAGCCUGUGUGUGGCUCAAGCCCAAAGAGGGGGGCAUCGGGACCCCCUUCUCGUACUCGGUGCCCGCGCAGCCCAACGAGCUGGUCCUGCUGCAGGGAGUCCACAAUCCUGUGGAGCUGCUCAUAAAUGACAAGGUGGCGCAGCUUCCUCUGUCCCUACCCCAGAAUGAGUGGCAGCACAUCUGCGUCAGCUGGACCCUGCGAGACGGGGUGUGGAAGGCCUACCAGGGGGGCAAGAUGAAGGGCAGAGGAGAGGGACUGGCUGCCUGGCAUCCCAUCAAGCCUGGAGGAGUCCUUAUACUGGGACAGGAGCAGGACACGCUGGGCGGGCGUUUCGACGCCUCCCAGGCUCUGGUUGGGGAGCUGUCCCAGUUCAACCUGUGGGACCGGGUGCUGAAGCCCGCCGAGGUGGCCGCUCUCGCCGACUGCAGUUCCUCGGCGCUGGGCAACAUCGCCCCCUGGACCGAUCAGGACAUAGACGUCUACAACGGCGCCACCAAAGAGUCUCUGGACCCGUGCCACGCCGCCCAGAGAUCCGGCCCCAAGCAGUGAACGCUUCACAGUGGGGGGGAGGGAGUAACCAGCCAAUCACGGCUCUGUUUGGCGGUCUACGUAGGAGUCCAUUCUGAUGUUUAAAGGUGUACCAAACCCGAGUUUAGAGUAUAUUUUGCUUCAAGGCGGGCGGGGAAACUUACUGGUCAACUGAACGGUUUGUGCUACCGAGCUGUAAAGAGUGGUGUAUUCGUUUUGUUCUUUGUGUUGGUGUACACGCACAUGUGGUUACUUCUGCAGCGAGAUGAAGCGCCUUCAGUCACAGAAUCGCUUGACAAGGCAGCACAGUGGAUCAGCUUCUGGCUUUUACAGUUUCAAUGAGGCCGUUACUUAUAGCAAAACUGCAUUUCCAUUGACCAUAUAAGUGCGCAAAAUGGAAAUCGCCCAAUGGAAACGAGAGGCAAUUUCGGUGAAACGUACGUUUUUCAGUAAAAGCGUUUUGAGACAGGAUGAGUUGCAAAAUUUCGCAAAACUACAGCAGGAACACGGUAGGUGGUAGGAGAACGAGUACGGCGUGUCUUUUUAUUGACUUAUUGUGUGAACAAACGUACUCGCGUGAUUUCAAUGCUGUUAUUUAUUUGACAACAACACAGCAAUUGCGAAAUUGUGUUUCUUUUCCCGACAAUUAGCCGAAAAUCGAGAAAUUUUUGCGCACGUUUGCAGUGGAAACGCAGCCGGAGACGCGCCUUGUCAUUUAACCUUAGGGGGCUGUAGGGGCAGAAGGUCUGAUGGCUUUGUCUGUGGUUAUGUUUUGUUAUGUUAUGUACGAAGCUGCAGUAUUUCUCAGACAGCACAGUGACGCCACGCUCUGUCUCCGCUCAGUUUAAAACACUUCAAAUGAAACCUGAGACGCUGUUGUGCUACUUUUUGACUUUUUCACUAAAAUUAUUUUAAAAAAGGGUUGUUGUUUUUUUUGUUGUUGUUGUGUUUUUUAAAUGUAUUUGAUUCUGUUGAGUAAUUGUGAUUUUGGAUUUUCUAUUGCGCACACCACGAUUGAGUAAAACGUUCGAUUCUAAAUGUGCAAGUGUAACGUCCUCUUGGUAAUGUUGCUCUGUUCUAGUCCGCGCUCCUGCUUCGCUGUAAGGAUGUCUCACACUUCACCGUCCCGCAGUUCGGGGGACGAAUUAAAAUCUGCUGCUGCACAACACGUAUAUCUCUUCUGACUUCUAAAAAUAAACACUUUGCCUCCCUGACUGCGCGUCGGACGCAAGCGGUUACGGCACGUUUGGUGAAACUGUGAUGCUCCCUGAAUGUAAACCAGAUGAAUGUCUGCAUGAGUGUUUCCUGUUUGUAAAAAAAAAAAAAGAAAAGAAAAAAAAGAUAAAGACAAACUUGCAAAUGAAUCAGAUUUUCCCAUUAGGAAAUAUUUCAGUAGGAAAUUAUAACCUCUCAGAGAAAAUGCUUAACGGAUUGAUUGGACUGAUUCUUGACUUAUGAAGAAAUCUGUUAUAUAAUUGGCUGUUAUGUGGAGAAAAAAAACAGCAAAAAUAAAAAAAACGCCUUUAUCUCAUGCCUUUAUCUAACUGAAGAAGAGAAAACAAGCAAAUAAACAGAAAAGAUGCUUUUGAAACGCUCCACACUUUUGUCCCCUAUUGUGUCUGAUUUUCUCAAUUUCUCAUUUCCACUGAUUUCACACUGUAACAGGAAAGUUGCAUAUUUCUCUUUUCCCCUGAAGUUGAAGUCACACAUAACCUGACAAAAUUAGAACAAUCAUUUUUUUCAGAUAAUAUUUUAAUUUAUUCAGAGGAAAAAAGAAAAUCUAUUGAAAACAACACGACCAAAUGACAGCUCUGCUUUUCCAGCCAAAAAAUAAUAAUAAUAAAAAAAUCCUCUGUUACGUUUUGUUCUGAA